UAGUACACAGCAAAAUCAUGAGAGUUGAUUUUUUGGAGUUACUUUUGAGUGUUGAAAAUCAGAGUUGUUCUAACACUCUCCAUGUAAGACCUAACACUGUAGGAGUUAACAUAAUAAAAGUGUUGGUGUUGUUUUUGGUAGUUAGUGUUGUUUAUUUUAAAUCAACACUGACACUGUCUGUGCCCAACCUUUUAACCACGCCCAUUUUACAAUCAGUUCUUCGGCCGCGCAGCCGCCAUUUUGUCCACCGUUCAGAGCAGCACGGUAAGAUGACUUUGUGAUAUUAAUAAAAUAUAACUCAUUCUCAAUUUGAAAUAUAUUCGCAUGUUUGAAGAAUAUGUGUAACUUACAUGUGUAAUGAUUUUUAUUCACAUGCGACUGUGGUAGUUUCACACGUGGAAAAUGCUAAGACACGAAAAAUAUUUGAAGAUUUGAAGAGAAGCCAAUUUGCUGAGUAAUAAGCAUGUUAGUGACGGUGGCAUGCAGAGGAUCUAAGAAGUAUGUGACAGUGACAGAGACUGAUGGAGAAUAUAACUAUCAUCAGUUUCACAAGGAAGUGAUUAAAAGAUUCGGCCUGCCAAUUGAUGUAGACGUGAAGUACAAGGAUUCAACGGGGACUGAGGUUGAUGCAGACAUAUUCAAUGAACUCCUACAGCAAGGCAGUGUUACUCUUACAGCCUGCUUGGAUGACGAUAUGUCGGAUGUUUCAAUGUCUUCUGAUACAUCGUUUUCUUCUAAUACAUCCAGCUUGAUUAUUGAUGAUCCCCCAACAAAGAAAGCAAGACUGACGAAUGACUGUACAGAUAAACAAGCAGCAAAAAAUAUGGUGAAUAUGGUUCUGAAGUCAAAACCUGGUGGAGACAAAAUUAUGUAUGAAUACGAUAAAACCAAAACCUUGUCAGACAGCACCCGCAGACAGUUAGUGAACAUGCUUGUUGCUGAUAUGGUUGAAGUACAUGGAAGGACACCUCCACAGACUGUGCGAACCAAGUAUGCUCUUGAUUGAACAGGAUUUCUCAUUGCUGUUUGGAGAAGAGAUCUCUGGAAAGUUUCUGGCAAAAUGGUCAACCUUCUUCCAACCCAAAGUAAUCAGUGAAUCCAAAGGAUUGGCCCCUAACCACCACAUUGAAGAACUUGUUAAACAUACUCAGCCUGAACUUGGUGACGACUCGACUGGUUGGGACAGCGACAUCUCGGCCUUACUGUUACUUCUCUAUCUCCUACCCCCAACGCCAAAAGGCCACAAAAAGGCAGCAAAAAUUAGCCCCCUUCAAGGAGGUGACCAUCUAGUGAGAUUUCUUAAGAUGGGAACCAGCAUUCCAGCUUUUCUGGAGAAGUUUGGAUCCGCACAACCUUUCCUGUUAUGCAUAGGAGAAAAUAAGAAGAGCAUUCAGAGGUUCUUCCUUGUCGUGGACAUGAAAGCAAUUCCGUGCAAGGCUCAGACAUCGGUGGGGGCUUUUGAUGAACUUUUUAAAGCACACUUUGUGUUUAGCACAUCAUACAGUGAAAGUCUGUCAAGCUUCUACAUUUUCAUCCAAACUGCCAUUUACAACAUUGAUGCUGGAAGUUCCAAAGAAAGACCAAGAGUCAGAGAGUUGCGGGCAAGGUUUCUAAGUGAAAAUAAUUGAUUUUCCUGUGAAGGUAUGGUCAAAGCAUGUUUGCCUGUUUUAUCUGUAAAACGCAUCAUCAGAGUUCUUCUCUUCUUUGUCGUCAUCUAAAGUUUCUACAUGGACUUAACCCUGGAAAGCGUUUGCGGUUAUGAUGUGCAGAAUUUGAAUGUUCUUCUGUGUUUGGCACAUAUUCAGGUUUUAAGAAAGAUGAUUUGUAGUACGGGUAACAGGGGACAACUUGGCAAUGACAUACUAACAUUUGAUUUUUUAUUACCACACUUUAUUUAAAUCUCUGUUCCCUGAUAAGAGUCUGUUACCUAAACAGCAUUUUAUGAUGCACUACCCCAGGUGUAUUUGUAAAAUUGAUCCUCUUUUACAUUUGAUUUGAGGCAAAACACAAUUUUUUUUAAACGGUCAGUAAAAAGUUUUUAAAAUCUCACUAAAACUUUGGUAAAAAUAUUGUGCCAACCUGUCACUUAUUUUAAAACUGCACUUAUUGUUGCAUGUGUUACUGUAUUAUGUGUGUCAAUGAAUGUUAAUAAAUGUCUGUGUUU